AUAUUUUGUUUCCUAUUGUCAAAUUAAGCAAAUCAUUUUCAAAACCACACAUACCAUAACAUGUGGGAUGUCUGAGUUGAGUAAUAUCUGUCAAACAGCCACCAUCCAUGCGUGAAAUUUACCGAGCAGCGGGAUUAAGUAAUUCCUUGGAAAACAAUGCAUCAUUCAUGAACGGACAAAAAUAGGAACAAAAGCAGACUGCGAAAGACCCAGAUCUAAAGCAAUAUUUUUCUUGAGAGGAUAAAGAAUAUCCAAGGUACCAGAGCUUUCAUCAGUGAAGGAAAAGAUAUGAGUCUAAGAGUUUUACUCGCAUCUUGCCUUGUAGCAUUAGUAUGUGGAAAAUCACUUGAAGAUAAAGAGAAACGGGAAGCCAACCCCUGUGGUUACGGAUGUCCAUCAAUCUGUGCUCCAGCCUGUGAACCAACGUGUUGUGCUCCACCUCCUCCCCCUCCACCACCACCAUGUCCCGUCCCUGUUCCAGUGCCGUGCCCACAACCAGGACCCCCAGGACAACCAGGCUGCAUGGGACCACCCGGACUUCCCGGAUGUCGCGGAUUCCCCGGUUCUCCAGGAUGUAUGGGACCAAUGGGACCAAUGGGACCUCCCGGAGCACCCGGGUGCCCCGGUCUCCCCGCUCCACCCCCACCUCCUUGUCCCCCCAUUUGUAUCCAUCAUUGUAUGAAAAUCUGUCCCCAGCCAUGCUGCACUCCACCACCCCCUGUGUACAUUCCUCCACCCCCACCCCCACCUAUGCCAGUCUGUGCUCCGGCUUGCGCUCCUGCUUGCUGUAAAUAGAGCGUUUGAAAUCUAAAGAGAUUUUUCGAUCGAAGACGUGCCCUAUGGGCAGAAUAGCAGAACAGUGGCCUAGAUACUUGAUUUCAUGUUCUUAGCCCUAACUUCCUGACGAACAAAAACUUUAGAAAUGUAUUAAAAUUGUUUCUGUUUGAUACAUUGAAAAAAUAAUAAAUUUCAGUUUCCAAUA